CACACCCACUGGAGUGGACAGACUCCAGAAGGGGGCCAGCGGCUGCUGCAGGAAUUCAGCCUCUGCUGGGGCUGCCACCCAGGGGAUUGCCCCUCUUUGAAACGGCAAUCCCACCAUUUCCCUGUCUUUCUGAAAAGGAUCACACCGUUUCCCCUUGGACCCCAUGGAAGCCAGACUUGGGACACUUCGUGGGGACUUUGUCUUUCCUUUCUGCUUCCUUCACAAGUUGCAGCCUUACUUGGGCUGAUUGAGGGGGCCUCCCAAGCAUGGCACUGACCAGCGUCCCCAGUGCCGAGCUGGCUCCCGGCUUCUUUCAGCCUCUGCUGGCAUCUUGGAUCCCCCCUCCUGGGGCAUCGUGGUGAGUCUGGGUGCCCAGCCUGAGGGUGCCUGGAGAGUGUCAGGUACCCCCAACGCCCCCUGAACCAAAGCUGGAGAACGGGGAGGUUGCCAGGGGCGAGGAUGAGAUGAGUGGGGGCCGCUUUGACUUUGACGAUGGUGGGGCAUACUGUGGGGGCUGGGAGGGGGGGAAGGCCCAUGGGCAUGGACUGUGCACCGGCCCUAAGGGCCAGGGCGAAUACUCAGGCUCCUGGAACUUUGGCUUUGAAGUGGCAGGCGUCUACACCUGGCCCAGUGGAAACACCUUCGAGGGAUACUGGAGCCAGGGCAAAAGGCACGGGCUGGGCAUAGAGACCAAGGGCCGCUGGCUCUACAAGGGUGAGUGGACGCACGGCUUCAAGGGACGCUAUGGAACCCGCCAGAGCACCAGCAGCGGUGCCAAGUAUGAGGGCACCUGGAACAAUGGCCUGCAGGAUGGCUAUGGCACCGAGACCUAUGCAGAUGGAGGGACUUACCAAGGCCAGUUCACCAACGGUAUGCGCCACGGCUACGGGGUGCGCCAGAGCGUGCCCUACGGGAUGGCAGUGGUGGUGCGCUCUCCGCUGCGCACGUCGCUCUCGUCUCUGCGCAGCGAGCACAGCAACGGCACGGUGGCCCCGGACUCGCCCACGUCGCCGGCGUCCGACGGCCCGGCGCUGCCCUCGCCCGCGAUCCCGCGAGGUGGCUUCGCGCUCAGCCUGCUGGCCAACGCCGAGGCGGCGGCGCGGGCCCCCAAGGGCGGCGGCCUGUUCCAGCGGGGCGCGCUGCUGGGCAAGCUGCGGCGCACCGAGUCCCGCACGUCCCUGGGCAGCCAGCGCAGCCGCGUCAGCUUCCUCAAGAGCGACCUCAGCUCGGGCGCCAGCGACGCGGCCUCCACCGCCAGCCUGGGCGAGGGCGCCGAGGGCGCAGACGAGGCUGCACCCUUCGAGGCCGACAUCGACGCCACCACCACCGAGACCUACAUGGGCGAGUGGAAGAACGACAAACGCUCGGGCUUCGGCGUGAGCGAGCGCUCCAGCGGCCUGCGCUACGAGGGCGAGUGGCUGGACAACCUGCGCCACGGCUACGGCUGCACCACGCUGCCCGACGGCCACCGCGAGGAGGGCAAGUACCGCCACAACGUGCUGGUCAAGGGCACCAGGCGCCGCGUGCUGCCGCUCAAGAGCACGAAGGUCCGCCAGAAGGUGGAGCACAGCGUGGAGGGUGCCCAGCGCGCCGCCGCCAUAGCGCGCCAGAAGGCCGAGAUCGCCGCCUCCAGGACAAGCCAUGCCAAGGCCAAAGCUGAGGCAUCAGAACAGGCUGCCCUGGCUGCCAACCAGGAGUCUAACAUUGCUCGCACGUUGGCCAGGGAGCUGGCUCCGGACUUCUAUCAACCAGGUCCGGAAUAUCAGAAGCGCCGGCUGCUCCAGGAGAUCCUGGAGAACUCGGAGAGCCUGCUGGAGCCCCCGGAGCGGGGCAAGGGCGCCGCGGGUCUCCCGGAGCGGCCCCGCGAAAGCCCACAGCUGCACGAGCGCGAGACCCCGCGGCCCGAGGGCGGCCCCCCGUCGCCGGCAGGGACACCCCCGAAGCCCAAGCGACCCCGGCCCGGGGCGGCCAAGGAUGGCCUUCUGAGCCCGGGGACCUGGAACGGGGAGCCCGGCGGCGAGGGCAGCCGUCCGGUCACGCCGUCCGAGGGCGCGGGCCGCCGCAGCCCCGUGCGCCCCGCGUCGGAGCGCAUGGCCAUCGAGGCGCUGCAGGCGCCGCCCGCGCGGCCGCAGGAGCCCGAGGUGGCACUGUACAGCGGCUACCACAGCUACGCCGUGCGCACCCGGCCCCCCGCGCCUCCGCCCUUCGACGACGAGCCCGAGCCCGAGCCCGCGGUCUCCCCGGCCGCCCCCGCGCCCCCGUCCCCCGCCACCGCCCCCGCGCACCAAGGCCCCGAGCCCGAGCCGGCGCCGGCGCCCGCGCCCCCCGCCAAGAUGGAGCCCAAGCCCAUCGUGCACAAAGCCGAGCCCAAGGCCAAGGCCCGCAAGACAGAGGCCAGAGGACUGACCAAGGCCGGGGCCAGGAAGAGGGCUCGGAAGGAGGCGGCACUGGCGGCAGAGGCUGAGGUGGAGGUGGAAGAGGUCCCCAACACUGUCCUCAUCUGCAUGGUGAUUCUGCUUAACAUCGGCCUAGCCAUCCUCUUCGUUCACCUCCUAACCUGACCCUCGUUUAACAGAGUCAGGAGUUCCACUGAGGACAACAGGACACAUCUUUUUGCAACGCCAGGCAGAUAACGAAGGAGGACUAGACCUGGAGCUCUGGGCCCAGCUCACAUCUGCAACCAUGGACAUUUAAGGGGGCCUCCUGUGGGCCCAUGCUGGGUGUUCAGGUGCCAGAGGGAGAGAAUGUCUGAGAAGCCUCCCAGAACACUGCCCGGGGGCAGGGCAAACCUGGAUAGCUCCUGAGCCUCCUGAUCCGCUCCGGUUCCCAUCCUUGUCCACUCUCUUGCCUGCCCCUCACCACCCCCUCCCUGGGCUUUUGUGUGUUUUGAGAGAAGUCACCUAAGCAGGAUAUUAAUUUUAAAUCCCUCCCUCUUCCUCCCUCCCCACCCCCACUUCAGUCGAACCCUCAACCACGCAGCCCUGCCCAGCACACACUGUCCCCUGGCAGUCCUGGAGGGCAGUGGAGGAAGUGGACAAGCUCAGUUGAAUAUCCCAGCAUACACAGCUCUGCCUCCUCUCACCAAUCAGUGAGCUUCCCUCCUGGACCAAUGGACAGGGGAGACCUGAAAAUUGGAGCCUUUGGCUGGGAAGCCAUUGAGCAGGGGACCCGGGUGGGCUGGAAAGGAGGAUGAGACACAGUUGCAACGGCCCUGAUUUUGAGUGUGUCUGAGCUUGAGGCUGGGGUUGCGUUUAUGGCUGGCGAUGUGCCCCACCUCACUGCGCAGGAGCCCUGGGGCCAUCGAGCUGCGGCUGAUGCCUUAUGAAUUGGCUCGUCCCCUUCCCCCACCAACGUCACAAUGGGCUUAGCAGAGCGUGGCAUGGAAGCCCUUGGAAACCCAGGCUGAUUUCCGUGGGGAAGACUCUCAGGCAGGGGCUGAAGACAAGUGUUUCCCAGGAACAGAGGAGCAAGUCUGGGCUCCUGCUGGAUGCAGCCUGUGCAACAGUGACUCACUUGGCAGAAGAUAAUACUUGUAAUUACCUCACUUAGAGAUGUUUGUACCAUACUGGGUCUCAUGGAGGAUGGGGGAAAGGACUUCCGGACCCCUCCUUGACUGAGGAGGCAAGUGGCAAUGACAUCCAAACUGAGCUGGAGGGAGCCACUGCUAUUCUGCCUUGUUUCUCUGGACCUUGGGGCUUUGGGCAUGGGGGCCAGGCCUCCCCCCAGGGCAGCUCAGGGAUCUGGGUAUUUGCAGUCAGCUCCCCACCCCCACCCCACCCCCCUGCUGUCAGUCCUUAGGAACCUUCCCCUCCAGCUUCACACUUCCUGUUUCCAGCUCUUCUGGGCCUGGCAGCUUGGCUGGAACCCUGGCCCGUGUGCCUGCAGAGAGUACCCUGCAGACGUUCUUCAUCCCAGCAAGGUGGGCAUGCUUGGCCUCUGUGUUUGGGCUUUGCUGAACUCCUAGGGAAUAAGGGGGGUGGCUGGGGGCUGCUCAGUGCUGAUAGGUUCCAGGCCUUGGCGCUGAGACCAUUGCUCUGGGUGUUGGGACGAGCCUGUGGCUGUCAGAGCUGGUUUGAGGCUGGCGUUGGAUGACAGCUCCAGGUGCCGAGUCUGUUAGAUAAUAAACCCGCAUCUGCUCACGGGCUCCAGUGGCUGCCGUGUCUGCUUGUGGGCCCAGGAUGAGGGGCUGGCUGAAGCAGUGGGGAGUGGCUGGAGGAUGCUGGGUCCUGCUGGACAGCUCUGUAAAGAUGCCCUAUAAUGCUUUUGGAGCGGCAGCUGAGGGGAUCAGUCCUGCAGAGAAGGCUCAGGGGCCAUGGACCUUUCAUGGUGGAGUCUGUUUCCUAAUGCAGACGUCCAGAAGCUUUUCUACCUUACGGUAGCAGCAAGAGCCCCUCCCCCCAUCCCCUUUGAGUGGAGGCCUCCUGGACUCUGAUCCUGCUGUAGACACAUUUUUAUUUCUCCCAGCCUCAGUUGCCUCAUCAAUAAAAUGGAGGUGAUACUGCCUACCUCCUGGAGUUAUAGUGAUACUGUAGGAAGCUACUGAAAGAUACAGUGGUCAUAUUACAGUACUGUUACAAGCCCUCUUCCAUUUUGAUGGAGGACACCAAAAACCCCAAAGCAAAGAUGAUGCAGUCACCAGCUACACAGUCACAGAAUAUCCUGGUCAAGGGGCCCAGACCCAUCUCCACUGCAUUGGGGCUCAAGGGAGCAGGGACAGGCCCAAGGUCACACAGAGCAAGUCCAUGAAGGGUGCAGUUCUCAGACUUGAUUGGUCACAGCACUGUCCAUUAGGUUUUUUGCAGCUGGCAGCCCCAGUGAGAGGGUAGGAGAGUGAAGUCUCUCCAGCACCAAUGGGCUCCAGUUCAGUGACUGGGUCUCCAGGAGCCCUGGCUCUCUCCCCAGCCCCACCGUCAACUUCUGUGUGCCUUUGGAUACCUACCUUGUUCUGUGCCUCAGUAUCCUCUUCUGCCAAGGAGACUACAAUUCCUGCCCUAUGGCUUUCCUCCCAGGCAGUGCAGUUGUGAGACUCAAAUGAGGUAGAUUCUGGGUGGUGAAGAGAUUUUUCAAAAUUCUGGGACAAAGGGUGGGUUUGGGGGGAACCCCAGGAUGGAUGGAAUGGAUGGCAAUGUGGAGGGAAUUGGUUUAAUGUGCAGAGACUUUGAUAAAACCCAUGGAGGGGAGCAGGGUGGGGCAGACAGCCUGGUGGGCAGCUGACCUGCACAUUGGCUGGGGUUGAGGGAGUUAGGACAGCCGCAUCCGAGUCACCUUGGAUGGAAAAGAAGGUCACUUCCGGAGGGUUCAACCCCCCACAUUGGAGCACCCAGUCAGGUGAGAUUGAGCUGGCUCAGGAUCCAGCCUGGCAGAUGCCUCCUCUUCCAGUCUUGGCCCCUGCAGCUCUAGGAAGUUUGUCCCACCCCCUGCCAUGUCCUGGAUUCCUUUAAGGUGCUUUGUACUAUGCUGGAACUUACAGACGCUGUUAGGACCUGUAAUCAUGAACCACUGCCUUGGGGUGGUGGCCGGGGGAGUGGGGGCAAGAGGGAAAGGCUCAUCAGGACUCUCCCAGGGCAGAGAAAGGGAGAGGGCCAGGAGUGAUGACAGUCAGAUAUCGACUUUGUGGCAAGAAGAGAAGUCAUCUCUGAUGGACCCACAGAGGACCCAGCUAUGCUGGGAGAUGCAGGUCCAGGGAUGACCUUUGGAGGUCCAAGCUGGAUGAAGUUUUAUGGAAACCUGCCUCCCCCAUAUGAGACUCUAAAAACAACUAGACUGUAAAACACAGAACUGGCAUGUAUGCUGAAAUUAAAAGAGCUCUCGAGCCAGGCAUGGUGGUGCACACCUGUGUCCCCAGCACUUGGGAGGCUAAGGCCAAAGUUUGUAAGUUCAGGGUCAACCUGAGCUACAGAGUGAGACAUGAAAAAGGAAAAUUAUCCAUGUCUUGAGGGGUCAGCAAAGACUGAGGGAACCAACCCACAAGGCUGCCCUCACUUCAGACACAGGCCACAAGUUUGGGGGUCCCAGGAACACACUCAGUACAAAUUAACUGGUUACUAGUGGGAGGUCUCCAUGACCAGCCUCAGGCUGAGUAAUUCACUAGAAAGAUCCACAGGGAAGAAAGGUAGUCCACUAGUGAAAGCCAUUGUAGCAGCUCGCACUUGUUAUAGCAAAAGGACACAAGUUAGAAGCAAGCAGGGGAAGAAACGCUAGGGCAGAGUCCAGCGGGGCUCAGUGUGGGGCUGACACCACUUACACAUCUACCUAUGCGUUGCCUGGGGUUCCCCAGGGAAGGGGAUGUUUGGGGCAUUCGCCUCCCUCCGGGGACUCCUUGGAGCUGAUAACGCUCAAGGACUGCUAUACACACUCACGGUAGGUGUGAGAGCUUUGCUAGUCAGCUGAAUUUGGACAUCCAUCAGUGUGUCUGAUUCAUGAAGAAAGGGAUUUCUGGUCAACUGACGAGGAAUAAAAUCAAGUCUGCAAAUCCUGGCCAGUGCUUGGUGGAGUUAUGAACUAUCUGGGUGUGUCAGCUGUGCAGUGUCACAGCCACCUGAGUUUGUUCAUUGUGCUCAGCAUUCCAUGGGGUGGCAGUGAGGGUUAGGUGUAACUGAGCAGUUUGGUGUUUUGGCCAAAAUGGCUUAGCACAGCGGGGGCCAUCGGUGUGUCUGAACUCAAAUGCUGAGCGUGCAGGUGCUUGAUGCCACCAACUGGAGCACCUUCCCUUCUCCUAGGGUCUCCUAGGCUUGGGCUUGCUCUCAGGAUGCUAGGGGCCCCAAAACAGGAGGAAGGCAAGCACCAAUGCGUAAGCACUUGUCAAGUCUCUGAUUACAGCGUUUGCCAUUAUCCCUUGAACCAGAGCAAGUCAGAUGCGGAGGCCUAGAAUCAUUGUCAGAGGCAUGAACAAAAUCAGGACCAUCAACACAAGCUCUGCACACCACUAGGCAACAGCUGACCCUGGGUAUCUUAGAUCAUUCUCUAUAGCUAUAACAAAAUACCCCGAGGGUGGAUAUUUUAUAAAGAAAAAGUUCCGGUUCUUAUAAAUGAUGUCCUCACUCUCUUUUGCUGUGCCUGAACCCUGACCCUUCUAGCAGGAGUGGUCAUAAUAGCAAUGAAAAUAAUAAGCCACUGGGUGUGGUGGGGCACACCUGUAAGCCCAGCACUCAGGAGGCUGAAGCAGGAGGAUCACAAGUUCAAGGCCACCCUGGACUACAUAGUGAGACCCUGUCUUAGAAAAACUAACAACGAGCAGUAGUAAUGGCAGCAAGUGUUGGUCACAUUCCAGACACUUCCAAUUUGCACAAGGAUUAUUUCAUUUAACUUAAUUCCUACAGCUGUGAGAAUGACCAGCUAUGUAUAUUAUUACAUAACACCACAAAAACUUCAGAGAAUAUUUACGUACGAGAAAUCGACACAUUACAAACAUGCCAAGCAACAUCAUAUAUUAAGUGUGAAUGUUUGCAUAUGUGUUGAAUCGUGUUAAAAAUGCGUGGACAUGAUGACUCAGAUUAGUGGCUAUG